AGUAACAGUAGUAUAGUAUUUGUGAUUUGUGAAAGAUGAUUUCCCCAAAAAGAAACUACCAAAUGAAGGGGAAGUCUCUAUCAAACUGAGAUCAGCUCCCCCACAAGAUUAAGACUAACAAUCAAUUGCCCUUAUUCGAUUAGUCCACUCCCUAAUCUCCCCACAUAAUGACCCCUGAUGUCUCUAAAAGACAAUUUUGAUUACAUUUUUUUCACAAACUCAUUUAAAUAAAUAACUUCCAAAAUUAACUGUAUUUUAUCUUCUCAAAAAUCAAAUGGAAUCCCAAAUCCUUGAAAAUCAAAAUCCCCUUCAAACCCCAAUUCACCACAGAUUUCCCUACAAUUUCUGGGGUACCCUUAAAGAAAACCUUAGUUUCAGGUCAAAAUGGGGGGAAUUAAACGGUGCAAUGGGAGAUUUGGGUACUUAUAUCCCAAUAGUGUUGGCCUUAACAUUGUCAAGAAAUCUUGAUUUGGGCACUACCCUAAUCUUCACUGGGGUUUACAACGUGGUUACUGGUGCAAUUUAUGGCAUACCGAUGCCGGUUCAACCCAUGAAAUCAAUCGCAGCCGUCGCCAUUGCUAACCCGGAUUUUGGAAUUCCCGAGAUAAUGGCAGCUGGGAUUUGCACAGCUGGGAUAUUGUUUGUUUUGGGUGUCACACAAUUGAUGCAGCUUGUUUAUUUAUUGAUUCCUUUAUCUGUUGUUAGAGGGAUUCAGCUUUCACAAGGGCUGGCAUUUGCAAUGGCUGCAGUUAAGUAUAUAACAAAAGAGCAGGAUUUUGCUAAGUCUAAGAGUUUGGGUGAAAGGUCUUGGUUGGGUUUGGAUGGUUUGUUGUUGGCUGUUGUUUGUGCUUGUUUUAUCAUUCUUGUUAAUGGGGCUGGGGAGGAUAGACAAAAUGAUGGAUGUGAUUUUGGGGCGAGUGGCGGUAGCGGUGGCGGUGAGAUGGAGGGGAUGAGGAGGGGUUUGGGAAGGAAGGGUUUUAGAAGGGUUUUGUACUCCCUCCCUAGUGCUGUCAUGAUCUUCAUGCUAGGGGUAAUUUUGGCAAUUAUUAGAGGGCCUAAAGAAGUGGUCAAUGGUUUCAAAUUUGGUCCCUCACCUAUUCAUGUUAUAAACAUACCUAAGGAGUCAUGGAAGCAAGGGUUCAUUAAGGGUACAAUUCCACAACUACCCUUAUCCGUGCUUAACUCUGUUAUCGCGGUGUGUAAGUUGUCAUCAGAUCUUUUUCCGGGGAAAGAUUUCUCAGCGACUUCACUCUCCGUGACAGUUGGGAUGAUGAACUUAGUUGGGUGUUGGUUCGGUGCUAUGCCAACAUGUCACGGGGCCGGAGGUCUCGCGGGGCAAUAUAAGUUUGGGGGAAGAAGUGGCGGGUGUGUUGCCCUUUUAGGCAUGGGGAAAUUGGUGAUUGGUAUAGUGUUAGGGAGUUCGAUUGUGAAAAUAUUAGACCAAUUUCCCGUGGGAGUAUUAGGAGUGUUACUGUUAUUUGCUGGCCUAGAGUUAGCUAUGGCUUGUAGGGAUAUGAACACAAAAUCGGAGUCCUUUGUGAUGCUUUUGGUGACGGGUGUUUCCCUUGUUGGGAAAGGGGCAUCACUUGGUUUCUUAUGUGGGAUCAUUGCUCAUUUUCUCCUCAAGUUAAGGAUUUUGGACAGACCGCAAUCGUUUCCUAGAUUAUGGAUGGAACGAAACUCAUAAUACGAUAUGGAAAAUGGUGAAAAUAAGUGAAUGAAAAUCAUAGUUGGUUGAUUGAACCUGUAUUUUUGUUGCUUUUAAUUACUAUUAUGUAAGAUACCAAAUGUUCAUGGA